AUGAACAAAUUAAUCUUAUACUCAACCUGCUACAAUAUUUUAGCAUUUUUGCUGAUCGUUUCAUCUGAUUCUGAAAUUAAAUUUGAGUGCGGCGGUCUCGACAAUUUGGCACCAUCAACAUCGGGAGCACCUUUUCAACUUUCACUCUUCGAUCAGGAUAAUAUACCAACAGGCUUCUAUCAUAAAGACAGCUACGUAAGCGUUCAGUUGAAAUUUUCUGGUUCGUUGGCUAUCAGAUCGAUCAUGAUUCAGGCAAACAAAGUUCUGGAGAAACAGCCUGUAGGCUCCUGGAAAGUGGUUCAACCUCAAUCCAAAUUGGACAUCAGGUCAUGCGUCAAUACCAACGAUACCUUAAUUGGCGAUAAACGCAAAGAACAAAAAAGCAGCAACAAGAACAAUGCAACCAACAAUAGUAGGGAUGCACCGGAUUUAAGUUUUCCAAGAUUUAAAAUUCAAAAACCGGCCGGGGCCGGGGCCGGAGCCGGGGCCGGAUUUUAG